AUGUCUCGGCGCUACGAUAGCCGUACGACCAUCUUCUCCCCCGAAGGCCGGUUAUACCAGGUCGAAUACGCCCUCGAGGCCAUCUCACAUGCCGGUACCGCCCUUGGCAUUCUAGCCACCGAUGGCAUCGUCCUUGCAGCAGAGCGGAAGGUCACGAGCAAACUGUUGGAGCAAGAUACGAGCGCAGAGAAGCUGUACAUCCUGAACGACAACAUGAUCACCGCAGUCGCAGGCAUGACCGCUGACGCCAACAUCCUCAUCAACUACGCCCGACAAGCCGCCCAACGCUACCUCCUCACAUACAAUGCCGACAUUCCAUGCGAGCAGCUCGUGCGACGACUAUGCGAUCUCAAGCAAGGCUACACGCAACACGGUGGUCUGCGACCUUUCGGUGUCUCCUUCAUCUACGCAGGCUGGGAUAACCAGCGGCAAUUCCAGCUCUACCAGUCGAACCCGUCAGGAAACUACACUGGGUGGAAGGCAACCAGUGUCGGUGCCAACAACGCGAGUGCGCAGUCGUUGCUCAAGCAGGACUACAACGAGGAGUGCAAUCUGAAGCAGGCGUGCGAGUUGGCAGUCAAGGUGUUGUCCAAGACCAUGGACAGCACGAAGCUGUCAAGUGAGAAGAUCGAGUUUGCGACGGUGGGGCGGACAGAGAAGGGUACCAUCUACCACCACUUGUGGUCGCCAGAUGAGAUCGACACCCUUCUGAAGGAGCACGGAUUGGCGAAGCAGGACGAGGAGCCCGAGCCAUCAAGCGGUGGCGACCCGUAUGUACUCAUAAGUUGA